AUGAUAUCCUCGACUCUGCUGCCUCAUCGCUUCCGCGGUGAGCAGCCCGCUGCCGCUCCCUUGCCUCCCACCUGGAUCCAGAGGAAGAUUACGCCGCUGCUCCGACUGCUCUCACGCCUCGCGUGCGUUCACCCCAUUCACACCGUCGUUAUUGUCGCUUUGCUCGCCAGCACCACCUAUGUCGGUCUUUUGCAGGAGAGCCUCUUCGACCUGAGCUGGAACGUUGGCACCGCCGACUGGUCCUCCUCAACGAGGGCAGCCGCGGCCUCCGUGUUGGCCCCGACACCGCCUGGAAGUGGCAGGCGGUUGAGCCCGAUCACCUUUGUCUUCCCCGACUCGCGCUCUGGAGAGUCGCCCUCCAACCCUCCCAGAUCCCAGGCCAUUCCCGUCCCCGCCAACCUCUCCGUCCGAGCCCUUCCGCCUACCGACAACCCUCUGUCGGCCUACUCUAAGGACAGCGCCCUCGCCUUUGCCCUGCCUUACAGCCAUGCCCCCGACUUCCUUGCUGCCGCACGCGAGAUCCCCAGCGAUGAUGGCUCCACCAAGUCUGAAGGCGAGGCCAAGAAGUGGAUCAUGAAGGCUGCCCGCGUCAACACCCGCAGCACUAUCGUCCACUGGUUCAAGAAUGCCUGGAGCGAGUUCCUCGAUCUUCUUAAAAACGCCGAGACUCUCGACAUCGUCAUCAUGGUCCUCGGUUAUCUCUCUAUGCACCUCACCUUUGUCUCGCUCUUCCUUUCUAUGCGCCGCAUGGGCUCCAACUUUUGGCUCGCUACGAGCGUCCUCUUCUCCUCGGCCUUUGCCUUCCUGUUCGGUCUCAUUGUCACCACUAAACUCGGUGUUCCCAUCAGCCUGAACAUUGUCUUGACUAGGGCCGUCCUCUCCCACGCCAUUGAGCACCGCAAUUUCCAUGAAGAGGACAAGAAGUCAGGCAAGAAGUCGGAAAUUUCUCUGCCCAACAUUAUCCAGUAUGCCGUCCAGGCCGCGAUCCGCGACAAGGGCUUCGAUAUUGUGCGCGACUAUGCUAUCGAGAUCGCCGUUCUCAUCCUCGGCGCCGCCUCGGGUGUCCAGGGUGGCCUCCAGCAGUUCUGCUUCCUCGCCGCCUGGAUCCUCUUCUUCGACUGCGUCUUGCUCUUCACCUUUUACACCGCCAUCCUCAUGAUCAAGCUUGAGAUCAACCGCAUCAAGCGCCACGUCGACCUGCGCAAGGCUCUCGAGGCUGACGGUGUCAGCCGCCGCGUCGCCGAGAACGUGGCCAAGAGCAACGAAUGGCAGCACGACGGCAAGGACGCCAAGGAGGUCAGCCUCUUUGGCCGCCAGGUCAGGAGCAACAGCGUACCCAAGUUCAAGGUUCUCAUGGUGUCCGGCUUCAUCCUUGUCAACAUCCUCAACCUAUGCACGAUCCCCUUCCGCAACACCUCCCUCUCCAACCUGUCCUCGUGGGCCUCGGGUCUGAGCACCCUGAUUCUCGUCGCUGCCAUUGCUACGGGCAAGCCCACUCUGGUCACCGUCCUUAGCCCCAUCAAGUACGAGCUCGAGUACCCUCCGUCCACUACGCCCUUCCCGGCGGCGGCCCCACGAUCCCGCCAGCCACCCCUCGUCAACUACGGAGUUGGCGGCAGGAUGGUAGGCAGCUUGCUCACCAGCCUCGAAGACCCCGUGCUUUCCAAGUGGAUCAUCGUUGCCCUCGCCCUCAGCGUUGCUCUCAACGGCUACCUCUUCAACGUCGCCCGCUGGGGCAUCAAGGAUCCCAACGUGCCCGACAGCCAGAUUGACCGCAAGGAGCUCGCCAAGGCCACCGACUUCAACGACACUGCCUCCGCCUCUCUGCCCCUCGGCGACCUCAUGCGACCCAUUCCGGAACUCGAAGAGCUCAUCAAGCAGGAUAGGGUGCCCGAAAUGUCUGAUGAGGAAGUUGUUCUCAUGGCUAUGCGCGGAAGAAUUGCCGGUUAUGCUCUGGAGAAGAAGCUCAAGGACUUUACUCGCGCCGUCAAGAUUCGACGAAGCAUUAUUUCCCGAACCAAGGUCACGUCCGCGCUCACCGGUUUCCUCGAACAUUCCAAGCUGCCCUACGACCAGUACAACUGGGAGCGUGUGUUUGGUGCUUGUUGCGAGAAUGUCAUUGGUUACAUGCCCCUACCUGUCGGUGUGGCUGGCCCUCUAGUCGUUGACGGGCAGAGCUACUUCAUCCCCAUGGCGACGACGGAAGGUGUGCUGGUAGCUAGCGCGAGUCGUGGCUGCAAGGCCAUCAACGCUGGCGGUGGUGCGGUGACGGUACUGGUGGGUGAUGGAAUGACGCGUGGACCAUGCGUCAGCUUUGAGACGCUGGAGCGCGCGGGCGCGGCCAAGCUUUGGCUCGAUUCAGACGUGGGCCAGAACGUGAUGAAGAAGGCAUUCAACUCGACGAGCAACUACGCUCGCCUGCAGUCGAUGAAGACGGCGCUCGCGGGUACGAACUUGUACGUCCGAUUCAAGACGACAACGGGUGACGCCAUGGGCAUGAACAUGAUUUCCAAGGGCGUGGAGCAUGCCUUGGACGUGAUGAAGAACGAGGGAUUCGACGAUAUGAUUAUCGUGUCGGUGUCUGGAAACUACUGCAUUGACAAGAAGCCGGCGGCGCUCAACUGGAUCGACGGCCGCGGCAAGAGCGUGGUGGCCGAGGCCAUCAUCCCCGGCGACGUCGUCAGGUCCGUUCUCAAGAGCGAUGUGGACACGCUGGUCGAGCUUAAUAUAAACAAGAACUUGAUUGGUUCGGCCAUGGCGGCCUCGGUGGGUGGCUUCAACGCCCACGCGGCCAACAUGGUGGCGGCCAUCUUCCUCGCCACGGGCCAGGAUCCGGCGCAGGUUGUGGAGAGCGCCAACUGUAUCACCAUCAUGAAGAACCUUCACGGAUCUCUUCAAAUCUCCGUCUCCAUGCCUUCCCUCGAGGUAGGCACCCUCGGCGGCGGCACCAUCCUGGAGCCGCAGUCCGCCAUGCUCGAGAUGCUCGGCGUCCGCGGUCCUCACCCCACCAACCCCGGUGAAAACGCCCGCCGUCUCGCGCGCAUCAUUGCCGCCGCCACCUUGGCCGGCGAACUCUCGCUGUGCAGUGCCCUCGCGGCCGGUCACCUGGUCAAGGCCCACAUGGCGCACAACAGGUCUGCGCCCCCGACCCGAUCGAGCACGCCCGCGCCCAUGACGGGUAGCAAGGGCCUGUCUAUGACGACGAGCGCUGCGGCUGCCAGGCGAUGA